AUGGAUCUUGAAAGAAUCGACAUUGAAUUAUCGCUAUUGGAUAAAGAAGAAUGCGAGAAUGGAGCAAGGAAUAUUUUGAGGAAAAUCAAACCGAAAUGGAAUGGAGAACAAGUCAAAUUUGAAAUUUUCACCGCUGGAAUCACCAACAAAAUCUUCGCCGCUUUUGUCGAUGAAGAGGAUAAAGUGAUUUUUCGGGUAUUUGGGAAAAAUACGGAGAAGAUCAUUGAUCGAGCUCACGAGCUGAAAUCGUGGGCGGUGUUGGCGGAGAAAGGCUUAGCCGCUCCAUUGAUUGGCCUCUUCUCGAAUGGGAUCAUUUGUGGAUAUCUUCCAGGCAAUAAUUUGAAUGUCGAUUUGGUGAGAGAGACGAAAAUGCAAAGAAAAAUCGCCGAAGCGAUGGCGCGAAUGCACAAGAUUUCGAUCGAUUCCAACCCAAAGAAACCGUGCGUUUUCCCGAAAAUCCUCAAUUUCAUCUUGAAUAUCUCUCCAAAAUUUGAAGAUUCGAAAAAACAAAAGCAAUUCGAGGAAUAUUUCACGGGAAUCGAUUUUGAGAAAGAAAUGAAUGAGCUGAGGGAAAUUGUGGAGGAAAUUGAUCCGGAAAUCGGUUUUUGCCACAACGAUCUCCUGGUUUACAAUAUUUUAUUCGAUGAAAAAAGUGAUCGCUUGAGUUUCAUCGAUUACGAGUAUGCGGAUUUCAAUUACACCGGAUUCGACACGGGCAAUCACUUUUGUGAAUGGGGAGGCGUUGAUGAUGUGGAUUUUUCCCGUUGUCCAUCAAUUGACGAAAGAAGAGAAUGGUUGAGAGAGUAUUUGAAAGAAAAGAAAGGAAAUCAACCAACAAAUGAGGAAUUGGAGGCAAAUGUUAGACAAAGUGAUUUAUUCAUGGCGUUAUCCCACCAAUUCUGGGCUGUUUGGGCCCUCGUUCAAGCACAAAACUCGACAAUCGACUUUGACUAUUUAGGAUAUGCAAUUCUUCGCCACAAAACCUACAAAGAAUAUUUGCUGAGAUUCUUGGCGAAU